CGUAGGAUAAGACGUUUCCGACGAGCCGAAAAUGGCGGAGUACCUGGCAUCCAUUUUCGGUACAGAGAAAGACAAGGUCAAUUGUUCCUUCUACUUUAAAAUUGGAGCUUGCAGACAUGGAGACCGCUGCUCGAGAUUGCACAACAAACCAACCUUCAGCCAGACCAUCCUGAUUCAGAACAUCUACCGCAAUCCCCAGAACAGUGCGCAGACGGCCGACGCGUCUCGCUGCGCUGUCAGCGAUGUGGAAAUGCAGGAGCACUACGACGAGUUCUUCGAGGAGGUGUUCACAGAGAUGGAGGAGAAGUACGGAGAAGUUGAGGAGAUGAACGUGUGCGAUAACUUAGGCGACCACCUCGUCGGCAACGUUUAUGUCAAGUUUCGUCAUGAGGAGGAUGCAGAGAAAGCCGUUAUGGACCUGAACAACCGCUGGUUCAACGGCCAGCCCAUCCACGCAGAGCUCUCCCCCGUCACUGACUUCAGGGAAGCCUGCUGCCGCCAGUAUGAAAUGGGAGAGUGCACCCGAGGCGGCUUCUGCAACUUCAUGCAUCUGAAACCAAUAUCGAGGGAACUGAGAAGGGAGCUGUAUGGCCGCCGCAGGAAAAGGCACCGCUCUCGCUCACGCUCCCGGGAACGACGCUCCCGCUCCAGGGAUCGACGGCGGGACCGCGAGAGGCGGCGGUCGAGGGACCGAGAACGCUCUGGAAGAUUCUGAAAGAAGAUGAGACUGACCCACCAAAUCUCUCCCUCUUAAGCCCAACAGUGAUGACAGUUAUUUUGUUUCACUUUUUUUUUUUUUGUGAAUUGUUGGAAGUGUUUUUUUUUCUUUUAUUCACUUUUUUUUAAGAAGAGCUUGUGUCGCUUUCUCAAUAAAAACAGAUUUGUAACUGCA